AUGGAUGAUGCCGCAGUCCUAAGGAAGAAGGGUUACAUCAUGGGCAUCAACCUGGGCAAGGGCUCAUACGCAAAGGUCAAAUCCGCCUACUCUGAGCGCCUCAAGUUCAACGUGGCCGUCAAGAUCAUCGACCGCAAAAAGACACCCAUGGACUUUGUGGAAAGAUUCCUUCCCCGGGAGAUGGACAUCCUGGCGACCGUCAACCACCGUUCCAUCAUCAAGACCUAUGAGAUCUUUGAGACCUCCGACGGCCGUAUCUACAUCAUCAUGGAGCUUGGAGUUCAGGGUGACCUACUCGAGUUCAUCAAGUGUCGGGGGGCCCUGCAUGAGGACGUGGCACGCAAGAUGUUCUGGCAGCUGUCCUCAGCCGUCAAGUACUGCCACAACCUGGACGUCGUCCACCGAGACCUCAAGUGUGAGAACCUUCUCCUCGACAAGGACUUCAACAUCAAGCUGUCCGACUUCGGCUUCUCCAAGCGCUGCCUGCGGGACAGCAGCGGGCGCAUCAUCCUCAGCAAGACCUUCUGUGGGUCAGCGGCGUACGCGGCCCCCGAGGUAUUGCAGGGCAUCCCCUACCAGCCCAAGGUGUAUGACAUCUGGAGCCUGGGCGUGAUCCUCUACAUAAUGGUCUGCGGCUCCAUGCCCUAUGACGACUCGGACAUCAAGAAGAUGCUGCGCAUCCAGAAGGAGCACCGCGUGGACUUCCCACCCUCCAAGAACCUGACAGGCGAGUGCAAGGACCUUAUCUACCGCAUCCUGCAGCCGGACAUCAACCGGAGGCUGCACAUCGACGAGAUCCUCAGCCACUCAUGGCUGCAGCCCCCCAAGCCCAAAGCCGUGUCUUUGGCCUCCUUCAAGAAGGAGGGUGAAGGCAAGUACCGGGCUGAGUGCAAACUGGACACCCAGCCAGGUUUGCGGCCCGAGCACCAGCCUGAGCACAAGCUGGGGGCCAAGACCCAGCACCGGCUGCUGGUGGUGCCCGAGAACAUGGACAGGAUGGAGGACCGGCUGGCUGAGACCUCCAGGGCGAAGGACCAUCACGUCUCCGGAGCCGAGGUGGGGAAGGCAAGCACCUAG